AUGCAGCAAACAGAACCAGCCGAAACCAUCAUUCCUUCAUCAAAAUCCACAACCAAGAAGGGAAUGAUUUCUAUGGAAUCAGCUCUUAAAUUUCUUUCGGGAGGAGUAGCUGGUACGUUCAGUACCAUUCUCACACAACCGAUGGAUGUUAUCAAAACAAAUAUGAUAUUGAAGGCUGGAGCUUUUAAAUCAUCAAGUCCGAUCAUGAUAGAACAAAGACCUACCAUGAUGAGUACUGCUAAAAUGAUAUAUAAAGAACAGGGAAUAAGAGGUCUAUACAGAGGAAGCAUUCCAACUUUUUUGAGAGUCGCUCCCGGAGCCUUGCUAUAUUAUAACAUGCUAAGCUAUUUGAAGGAGAUGACAAUAUCAGCAAAACAAAUUACUUCAAUGAUACAUACUUCAGUAGAUCGUGAGAAAAUGUUAAAUAGUACAAGGUUAUCUGCUUUUGAAAGUUUCUGCAUUGCUGCAUUCAGUAGAGGACUCACUGGAGUGAUAUUAUGCCCCAUCACUGUUGUAAAAACUCGAUUGGAAUAUACUGCUAACAGCUCAGGAGUGUGGGAUACCUUUACAUCGAUUGCAAAGAAUGAAGGAAUUGCUGGAUUUUUCUCUGGUCUUAUUGCCACUCUAGUACGAGAUAUUCCAAAUGCAGGAUUGAACUAUCUGUUCUACAAUCAGACACGAUACGCAUUGACGAAUACAUUCUUUAAGGGAAAAGAGCAAGAGAUGGAAACAAGCCCUAUGAUAACAAUGCCUAGUGGCGCAGUAGGUGGAGUUCUGUCUUCCCUUAUUACUCAUCCAUUCGAUAUGAUUAGAACUCGUCUUCAAAUUGAUUCUUCCUCAAAAAAGGUGUACAGAGGCAUUACUGAUGCAUUUCGAACCAUCAUUAGAGAUGAAGGAUUUAGAACAUUGUUUAGAGGAGUAACUCCAAGAAUUAUGAAGAGAGCCUUUGCUUCAGCCAUCAGUUGGACUCUUCUUGAAAUUCUGUACAGAGCAGCUGGUGCUCCUAGUGUUCCAUUCAACGUUUCCUCGUCUUCAUCAUGA